AUGUUAGCAACUACCCAAGUGCCAACUACGAAGGCAGCCCCAGCAACAGAGGCGCCACUGACCAGCCCUCAAAUUUCACUGCAGUUCAGCCUGACACGUAUCUUCACUAGCUCUUUGAGCAACAGCAGUUCACCAGAGUUCCAGGAAUUGGAAAGCACUUCUACAAUAACUACUGCAGCUCCAACCACAGCUGUCACCACUGCUUCAACAACUGCAGUGGCCACCACCGUCACUCCGGCAGCAGUCACCACCACCACCGUCACUCCGGCAGUGGUCACCACCACCACCGUCGCUCCGGCAGUGGUCACCACCACCACCGUUGUUCCGGCAGUGGUCACCACCACCACCGUCGCUCCGGCAGUGGUCACCACCACCACCGUCGCUCCGGCAGCGGUCACCACCACUGCUGUCGCAUCAACUGACCCACCAUCUUCUAGUGAAGGAACCCUGAGUCUUCGGUUCAGCCUCGACCAGACGUUCACCUCGGAUCUUGCCAACUCGUCCUCUUCAGCAUUCAAGGCUCUGGCUGGCAGAGUGGUCUCGGAGCUGAAUAAUGUGUACAAGGCUAAAUUUGGAGCGAGCUUCAUUCGAACUGUUGUCAAUAGUUUCCGGUCAGGAUCAAUUGUGGUGGAUUCUACGUUGAUAUUCAACAACAUCAGCUCAGUGCCUAACAAUAGCCUGGCAGCACAAACUUUACAAAAUGCCAUUACUUUCAACACUUCUGGCCUGACCUUGCCUGUCAAUUCAUCCUCCAUUGUGGUUACACGCACUUCUACAAUAACUACUGCAGCUCCAACCACAGCUGUCACCACUGCUUCAACAACUGCAGUGGCCACCACCGUCACUCCGGCAGCAGUCACCACCACCACUGUCACUCCGGCAGUGGUCACCACCACCACCGUCGCUCCGGCAGUGGUCACCACCACCACCGUUGUUCCGGCAGUGGUCACCACCACCACCGUCGCUCCGGCAGUGGUCACCACCACCACCGUCGCUCCGGCAGCGGUCACCACCACUGCUGUCGCAUCAACUGACCCUCCAUCUUCUAGUGAAGGAACCCUGAGUCUUCGGUUCAGCCUCGACCAGACGUUCACCUCGGAUCUUGCCAACUCGUCCUCUUCAGCAUUCAAGGCUCUGGCUGGCAGAGUGGUCUCGGAGGUGAACAGGAUUUAUGCUAGCACCCCAAACUUCCUUCGUUCCAUUGUCAACUCAUUCACGAGUGGAUCUGUAGUUACCAAAAUGACUCUCGUGUUCAGAAACCAAACUUCGGUUCCCAACGCAAGCAGCGCACUGGCAACUUUCAGUAACAGUUCCACCUCCCUGAGCAUCGUAUCUGGCAGCGUCACUGUUGAGUCAUCAGUAAAUUCGGGAAGUGCUCCCGGACCCACUACCUUCUGUCUGGCUGCCUUGCCUCUCACUUUGGCACUGCUAAUGAUACAACUGUUGUCUAGCUAAUAGCCUGUCAUAGCUGCUGUGGCAUUGGUUUAACCAAUUCACUGUUUCCCAGCUCUCAGAGAGAAAGCCUUAAAAUUGAUGACCUGCUUAGGCAGGAGAGUGCACAAUGGAUUUUAACCGUGUUAAUAGGCAAAAUAGAUAUGCAUUUUAUGUACAUUCCCCUACAUACAUACACAAACAAAAACACUACUAAAUGUACUUUUUGUUGCCAAAAUAUUUGUGACAUUCGUUAAGAAUUUGUAUUGUUUUUAUUUAUGAAUAUUGAUAUUUAUAGUAUUUUGAAUUAAGGGAUUAAAGAAAUUAAAUAUAUAUGUUUUUACAAACCAAUGCUAAAAUGUAUGUGACAAGGUUAAAUGCAUAUACCUUAUCUUUCAAUUGACUGUAUUUCCACUUAACCAUACAGGCUCUCGCUGACAUCAAUUACUUAUUUAUUUGUAUUAGGUACAGUACCUUGUCAGAUAUGCAUUAGAUUUAUUCUGAAAAUAACUGAAAGAUUAGAAAACCUUUCCGCAAAGUGUGACAUCCAAAUCCUAUUGUAUAAUUUGUUUGCUUUUUAAAAACAUUUUGAACGUUUUUUUAAAUGUGUUAUUUGAUUUGUAACUAUAUUUACAUUUAAAUUCGCAAAUACCUUUAUGAUAUUUACUUUUAGUUAUUUUGGGCAUAUCAUUAAAGCUUCAAAGUGGACGAGGAACUAAUAUGGGUCACUGCAAUAUUUUAAAAAUGUUGUAAAGCCUGGUUUGUACUUAUCCUGUUAUUAUUAAAUCUAAUAUAUUUCUUCAUUACUGUUUAAAUAUAAUUAUAUUUUGGAUCACAUGUAAUUGGGUUGAAUAAUUUGUUUACAAAACAUUUACAGUAUGAGUACUCAUGUGAGUAACACUUUACAAACAUGCACCCCAAAUUAUGUUAUGAACGGUCAUCUUAUAUUUAAAUACAAAUUACUUAAAUGAA